AUGGCCGAAGAAGCUAUAGUUGCAGUAACUACAAGUGAGGCCAUAACCGUUAUUUCUCCUGAAAUUGAAAAGGUUUCGGUUACAGAAGUUGCUCCCAGGGAGGAAACCAGAGAAGAAGAAGUCGAGCAUAAAGUUUUUGUAGGAAAUUUGGCUUUCUCAACAACUGAACAAACAUUAGCCGAAUUUUUCAAUGAAACUGGCAAAGUUAUUAAGGCCAACAUCAUCACUCGUGGUACACGUUCUUUAGGAUAUGGUUUCGUUGCUCUUGAAACAGAUGAAGACGCAAAGAAGGUCGUCGAAAUUUUGAAUAAGCAAGAAUUAGAUGGUCGUCAAAUCAAUGUGGAAGUUGCUAAACCCAAAAAUGAGAAUAUUAGCGGCGAUAAUAAUGUCGAAAUUAAUGAUUCUACAGCGGUUACUGACGCCCCAGCUACAAAUGGUACCAACGAAAACGAUCACACACCUCCUAAAAGGCGUGGUGGCUAUUUAAAGACUGGAGAGCCAUCCAAGACGGUUGUUUUUGUUGCAAAUCUCCCGUUUGCCAUCGAUGAUGAGGGUUUGAAAGAAAUCUUCAAGGAUUAUGAAGUAACUUCUGCUCACGUUGUUUAUCGCCGCGGUGGACGUUCAAAGGGUUUUGGUUUCGUAGAAUUGGUUGAUGAAGAAGAACAAAAGAAAGCUCUUGAAGGAUUAAAAGAUGUUGAAUCAGAAGGUAGAAUUUUGGUCAUUAAAGUUGCAUUGAGCGAUCAACAUGUUCAACCUAGUGGUAGUGGUGGUGAUGACAUUACUAUUGAAAAGCCUGAAAUUUGGCAAGAGUCAUUUGUAAAUUCUCUUGUUGAAUAG